UUGACCUUUGAUGAUGUGCAUGUACACUUCACUCGGGAGGAGUGGUCCUUGCUGGAUCCAUCUCAGAAGAGACUUUACAAAGAUGUAAUGCUGGAGACUUACAGGAACUUCAUUGCUAUAGGAUACAAUUGGGAAGACCAUAAUAUUGAAGAGCAUUGUCAAAGUGAUAAAAGAUAUACAAGGCAUGAAAGACAUCCUGCUGGAGAGAACCAGUAUGAAUACAUACAGUGUGAGAAAGCCUUCACAUACCAUAGUCAUCUUCAAAAGCAUGAAGGAAUUCAAACUCAAGAGAAACCCUCUGAAGGCUUUCAACAUAGUGAAGCCCUUGCAUGUCAUAGUCGUCUCCAAAUACAUAAAAGAACAGAUACUGGAGAGAAACCCUACAAAUGUAAUCAAUGUGGUAAAGCCUUUGCACAGCUCAGCUAUCUUCGAGUACAUGAAAGAACACAUACUGGAGAGAAACCCUAUGAAUGUAAUCAAUGUGGUAAAACUUUUGCACAUCACUGUACUUUAAGCUUGCAUAGAAGAACACAUACUGGAGAGAAACCUUAUGAAUGUAAUCAAUGUGGCAAAGCCUUUGCAAAAAACAGUUAUCUUCAAACACAUAAAGUAAUACAUACUGGAGAGAAACCCUUCAAAUGUAAUCAAUGUGAUAAAGCCUAUUCACAACAGAGUCAUCUCCUAAUACAUAAAAGAACACAUACUGGAGAGAAACCUUAUAAAUGUAGUCAGUGUGGUAAAUCAUUUGUAUCUCAUAGUCAUCUUCAAGCUCAUGAAAGAAUUCAUACUGGAGAGAAACCUUACAAGUGUAAUCAAUGUAAUAAAGCCUUUUCACAACACCCUAGUCUCCAAAUGCAUAAAAGAACACAUACUGGAGAGAAACCCUACAAAUGCAAUCAAUGUGAUAAAGCCUUUUCACAAAACAGUAGUCUCCAAAUGCAUACAAGAACACAUACUGGAGAGAAACCUUAUGAAUGUCAUCAAUGUGGUAAAGCCUUUUCACGUCACAGUAGUCUCCAAACCCAUAAAAGGCACCAUACUGGAGAGAAGCCCUAUAAAUGUAAUCACUGUGGUGAAGUCUUUGCAUAUCUCAGUAGUCUCCAUUACCAUAAAAGGAAUCAUACUGGAGAGAAACUCUAUGAAUGUAAUCAGUGUGAUAGAGCCUUUAAAGAGCACAGUCAUCUUCAAAGGCAUGAAAAAAAUAUUCAUACUGGAGAGAAAUCCUAUGAAUGCAAGAAAUGUGGUAAACCUUUUGUACAUAAUAGUAGUCUCCUAAUACAUAAAAGAACACAUUCUGGAGAGAAACCCUAUGAAUGUAAUCAGUGUGGUAUAGCCUUUGCAUGUAGCAUCAGUUUUUCAUGA